ACCUUUGAAUCUGAAGAGGGCUUUUGGUUCAGUUUUGAUGGAGCUAUUUGAGCAUACAAGACUAAGUAAACUAAUCUCCAUCAGACUUGAAAUUAUUUAUUUUCCUUAAGUAUCCACACGCUGAACUUAAAUCUGUUUUUCACUAUUAACGGGAUCCAGAAUGAAUGGUCAAGUUACGCUAUGUAAACAGGCCGUAUAAUUCGGGUUCAUGCAUCCUCCACACGCAAGCCAAUAAGAAAUAAACCUAGAGCCAGCUAAUAUAAUCUUGCCUCUAGAUUUGGGCCUAAAAUAAUGUGGUUCUAUUGUGGCAAAAGCCACUAUAUAAACACUAGUAGCGUAUUGGGACCCUUCACAACAACUCAAGAAACAAAUGGCUACCUCUACUCUCGGCAGAGCCAGUGCUUUCCUCUUCCUCGCACUCCUUUGCUCCACUGCAACUCUACCUACCCCUGCCAAUGCAAGGCAUUUCCCUAAUGAGGAUGGCAUUAGCGCCAGUGCCAUCUAUGUCAGCAAGUUCUCCUUGCCAUCCCUACCAUGGAAGUCUGGCAGCAGCCAUGGCUCUGGAAAUGGCCACGGAUUCGGCUGGACCAUCUCACAUAAUAAGUCAGACACAAACAUUGGAUUUGGUGGGGGCGUUGGUGGUGGCAUCGGUACCACCCGUGCUGGCGGCUCUAGUGCAGGUGGCGGAGUUGGCCUUGGAGUCGACAUCGACAUUGGCAAGGAUGGAGUGGACGUGGGUGUCGGUGUUGGCGGAGGUGGCGCCAUCAGUACCCACAACGGAAGUGCGAGUGUGGGUGCUGGUGGUGGUGAAGGCAUUGGAAUCCACUUUGGUCCAGAUGGUCUAACUGUCACCCAUGGAGGUGGUGCAAACAUAGGGGCUGGCGGUGAUGGUGCAUCAGGCAACGGAAGCGGCGUUGGACAUGCCAGCCAUGCUGUGGGUAGCGGCCAAGGCUCUGGGAAUGCAAGCGGUGGAACAGGGAGCGGCGGAGGGAGUGGAUCUGGUGCGGGCCAAGGAGGUUACGCAGGUGGCGGCGGUGGUGGGACUGGAAGUGGUCGCCAUCCGUGACCGUGAGGACUGCUAGCUUGUCCUGUGUAUCAGUGUAUGUGUAGUACAUGUCUAAGCUUAGCUGUAUGUAUCGUGGUGAGAACCGUUAAUCAUGUAAGGUGGUACCUGUACGAAUGAAGCGAUGCUUUUAGCUUUCUGGGUGAAUGAA